AUGCUGAGUCAGCACCACCAGCACGGGCACCAUGCGAAUCUUUACGAAUCGAUCCUAUUGGCUGAAGGAGGGCUGGGGGGGAUGGGGGGCGGAAUGGGGCCGGCUGGGGUUGGGGGCGGGGGAAGCAUGAUGGGGGGAGGGGCAGGGGGGGGCGGAGGGGGCGGGGGGAAGGGGGGAGGUUACGCCAUGGGCGGAAUGGGCGGUCUGGGGGGGGCGGGCGGGGGAGCAGGGGCAGGGGGGAGCGGGAGGAGAGAGGAGAAAGGGGGAGGGCACGUGGUGGAGUUCAGUGCGGACCAGCACGGGUCGCGGUUCAUCCAGCAGAAGCUUGAGAUGGCCACGGAUGCAGAGAAGGAGUUGGUGUUCUGUGAGGUGCUGCCGCGGGCGCUCUCGCUUAUGACGGACGUGUUCGGGAACUACGUGAUUCAGAAGUUCUUCGAGCAUGGCCUGGACUCACACAGGGCAGCACUUGCAGCGGAGUUGAAGGGGCAUGUGCUGGCGCUGGGGCUGCAGAUGUAUGGCUGCCGGGUGAUACAGAAGGCCUUGGAGGUUCUGCCCCUGCCGCAGCAGCUGGAGAUCAUAGCUGAGCUGGAAGGCAGUGUGAUGCGGUGUGUGCGCGAUCAGAACGGCAACCACGUCAUUCAGAAGUGCAUCGAGUGUGUGCCGCCCGCCCACAUCGCCUCCAUUGUCAACAGCUUCUAUGGCCAAGUCGUGGCCUUGUCUACUCACCCCUAUGGGUGCAGAGUUAUUCAGCGAGUGCUAGAGCAUUGCACGGAGGAGCAGAAGCAGAGAGGCGUGAUGGACGAGAUCAUGCGGUCUACCUGUUCUCUGGCCCAGGACCAGUACGGCAACUAUGUGGUGCAGCAUGUGUUGGAGCAUGGGAGCGAGGAUGAGAGGAACGUGAUUAUAACGAAGCUGGCGGGGCAGAUUGUGACAAUGAGCCAGCACAAGUUCGCGUCCAACGUGAUUGAGAAGUGCCUGCAGUACGGUGGGCCGGCUCAGAAGCAACUGCUGCUGUCUGAAAUGCUGGGCAGAACUGAUGAGAACGAGCCGCUGCAGGCAAUGAUGAAGGACCAGUUUGGUAACUACGUUGUUCAGAAGGUUCUGGAGACGUGCAGUGAGCAGCAGAGGGAGAUGGUGCUGGGUCGCAUUCGCGUGCAUCUGCACACACUCAAGAAGUUCACGUAUGGGAAGCACAUCGUUGCACGCGUUGAGAAACUGCUGGCAGCUGGAGGCCGUAUGCAAUCUCGGGCAGAGAGAGAGCGGGUGAUGGCACCCUCCUAUGUGGGUCCACCUGGGGGAGGUUUUACUGGUGCAGGCUUUUCCGGUGGAGGAAAUGUUGCAGGGAUGGGUUCACGGUCGGGCGGCUCGACUUCUAGUGGUGCAGGAGGGGCGGCAGGACAGGCUGGCGGCAUGAUGAACUCCCUUCCCGAGGAGCCAUUGCCAAAGCUUGGUGGGAGCCGGCAAGGCACGCGCGAGAGGUUAUUCGACCGCGACGACCAGAGCCUCAAGUACAAGGGAGUGCAGAAGCAUGUCCGCGGCUGGCUCGUCAAGUACGCGUCGCGCGGCAAGACCGUCGUUCUGGGCGUUCGUCCGACGCAAGAGGAGGCGGCGUCGCUCUAUGACAAGUUCGCCUACAAGGUCCACGGCAACGCCGAAACGCUCAAUCUCGGUCUCACGCUCGCCGAGAAACGCGCCCUCGACGCUCUUUCCGACCGCGAGUUCCUCGCCAUUAUUAAAAAGGACAACUUUAACCUUAGCUUCCGUAAAGGAUGGAGCUCGAAUUACAUCGGCGUGAGCUGGUACGAAGACUAUGGCGGAUGGGUGGCGCAAGUAAACAUGGGCGGGAUCACGCGCAAGAUCAAGCGCAGCAAGACGGAGGAGGUGGCCGCGGCGGCCGUCGAUCGCGCGCUGCUGCGACGCGACGGCGACCGUGCGAUCACGAACGCGAUGAUCUUCGGCGGGUGUAUCAAAGUCGAGACGCUCAUGGAUCUCGAGGGGCUUCGCGACGCGGUGAUCCUGUCGCGAGUCGCCGAGAUGGAAGGCGGAGCAUCCGCCAAGUCGGUUUCCAUCGUCCCCGCAACCCAGUUACCUUCAGGUAGCGAGCUGGUGGCGGGGUGGGCGGGCAAGCUCCGCUGGGGAGUGAUGCACAACAAGGACAAGGGCGUGUGGGAGAUGGUGCUCUAUAUCGGGCCCAAGCCGUUCCUCCGAGGCCGAACCCAGCUUGGGGACGAGGCUGCACGCCUGUACGACAGGAUGGCAUACAAGUUUCGAGGCACGACAGCAGUGCUCAACUUCGGCCUUUCUGCUGCCGAGAAGCUCGAGCUCGAGCAAAUGACCAAGGACGAUUUCCACCUGCACCUGCGCAAGCGCUUCGUCCGCAGCUUCCGCUCGCGAUCCUGUCCGUCGAUCUACAAGGGCGUCAAGUGGGGCCCGCAGGAGCAGAAAUGGAUCGCCGCGAUUCGCGUGGGAAACCGGUUCUCCAAGAUUGGGCUGUAUGAUGCGGAAGAGGAGGCCGCUGCUGCAUAUGAUCGCACAAUUGUGGAGGUCCGGGGGGUGCAUGUGAUGACCAAUGCGAAGUUUGUGGAUGGGUUGAACCACGCGCAGGUGACUGUAACGGAGAUUCCUAUAAAGGGGCAGGAGGAGGCGUUUAUCCGCGCGGCGGGAGGGGGGGUUGGCGGGGAGGGGAGGAGAGGGGGAGGGCGGGGGGGACACAGGCGCGGGCGGGGGAGGGGGCGUCCGCCGAUCACCCAUCUGGCGCGGGAGGAGCGGAGGAACAGGCUAGUGGCGUCGUUAGGAGGUUCUGCUGAAGCAGCUAAGUUGGGGAUAACCGGUGGUGAUGGUGCUGGUGCUGCUGGUGAUGGCGCAGGUGCUGCUGCAGAGCUAGGGGCAGGAGCAGCAGAAGGAGAAGGGGGAGGAGGAGAGGGAGAAGGAGAAGGAGAGGGAGGAGCGGUUGGGGAUGGGUCUGGCGGAGGGGGGAAGGAGGAGUGGGUGCCGCCGCAGAGAGCAGAGGAAUUGGAGCAGAUAGAAGAGUGGAUGGCGAAUGAGUGGGAGCAAGGGGAGAUUGUGGGGUGGAUGGACGGGGUUGCUCCUGGGGGAGAGGAGAGAGGGUUGAGCACGCUUGCUCCUGCUGGAGCUGCUGCUGGUGGUGAUGCUGGUGGCGCGGGGGAAGGCGGUGCGAAGGAGAAGGGGGACGGCGAGGAGGAAGGGUCUCUAGCGAUUGACUUGGAAAUGGCUGGGCUAGAUGAUGGGGAUGACGCUGCUGGUGGGGGGGAGGGCGGGGGGGAUGCUGACGGGGAUUGGGAAGAGUUUUGUGAAACGACUGCUAGGGAGGUGGCGGAAGGGGCAGGUGCAGGCGGGGCGGAAGAUGGGGGGGACGGAACUGGCGCGGGGGGAAGCGGGGGGGCGGGGAAGAAGGGCGCGGGGGGGAAGGGGGGGGAAGUUGGGGCGGAUGAGCUGGGGAACGCGCAUGCUUCUGUGGAGCAGCUAUUGGCUGCUGCGGAGGCUGGGCCUGGGGGCGGGGCGGGGGCUGCGGGGGGAGGCGCAGGGGGGCGGGGGAGGGGGAGGGGGACGGAGAGGAAGAGGAGGAUGAUGGGGGAGGGCGGGGGGGACGCGCAUGGGCGGGAUUGGAUGGAUACUGUAGAAGGGGAUGAUGACAAAACGGAUGGAGAAGGAGGAGGAGAAGGGAGAGGAGGAGGAGAAGGGGGAGGAGGAGAUGGGUCUAAGACUCCAGCCAAGGGACCAGGGCAGGAAGGGGAUGCAGGUGCAAUAACCCCUGCUCAAGACCCCUCCCGUCUCCCGCUCACCCCAGGCUCCGCCCCGUCCACUCUCCAAAUCAGCACCAUUUCCACUCUAGCCGCCCCUACCUCAUCUUCCGGCGGUCCAGAUUCCUCUGGGUUACAGGCUUACUCAGGAAAGCGGCCGCGGGGGCGGCCGAGGAUUCAUGAGCAUCCAGAGGAGGAGAAGAAUAGGCUGUCUGAGAAGUAUAUGGGUGUGGAGUUCAAGGGGAGGACACGGGCGUGGGAAGCGUUUCUGAUGUCGGGGCAGCGGAGGUAUAACUAUGGGCAGCGGUAUACGGAGGAAGAGGCAGCAAGGCUUCAUGACAAAGUGGCAUACCGUCUCAAGGGACCCACAGCCCCCACUAACUUCGAUCUAUCAGAGGAGGACAAGGCGCGUCUCGACUCAAUGACAGUCGAGGAAUUCCUAACCCACGUGCGCCGUACCAACGUCAGCAGCGUUUUCCAGGGCCGGCGUGGCUCGUCCUUAUUCAAGGGCGUGAGCUGGAUGCCGGACAAGCAGCGGUGGGCGGCGCUCAUCAAACUAGACCACGGAAAGGUGAGGAAGAUUGGAUUAUACACCACGGAAGAGGACGCAGCAGCCGCGUAUGAUCGCGCUCUGAUCGACCGCGACGGCCCAGAGGCACUCACCAACGAGAGGUUUUUCCGGUCGCUGGACGACGAUGCUUUGGAUCGGUUGCUGCAGUCGCGACGGUCCCGAGACGAGUCCUGCAACUGGAAGGAACGGGCGAAGUAUUUUUUGGAUAAUAUCGACAAGCUGGGGCAUAAGUCUAAGAGAGCAAGAGCACCGUCGCCGGUGGGAGCGCGGGGGCUUGUAGGAGGGGGUGGGGGAGGACCGGUAGGGUCGAGGGAAGGAGAGGAAGGGCCACAAGCAGGGACGGCUGCUGCGUUGGGAGGGGGCGCGAUUAGCUCUCAAAAGGUGUCUCAGAGUGCUGCGGGUGGGAGGAAGGGGCGUGGGGGUGGUGCAGCUGGCAGUGGGAGGUAUGGGGGUGGAGGUAUGGGGAGUGGGGGGUAUGGGUAUAUGGGAGGGGGGGUGAUGGGUGGUGGGGGCGGGGUGAUGGGCAUGGGGGGAUCGCUGGGGUUUGUACCCUUCCCCUAUGGCUGCUACAGGGCAUCUAGCCCCAAACCGGAGGGGCAUGCCGGGUUUUAA